GAGCUGGCCCAGCUCCAUCCGUGCCCCUGCGGUGGGAUGCUGUGGGACUGGGGGGGAAGAGGGAGGCGGCAGUGGGUGCUGGGCCUGGGGGCAGGAGGGGAAGGGAAGGAGAAGUAGGGCUGAAGAACAAAAUGGUUAAAUGAUGCCUGUGGGAGGAGAAGGUGGAACUGUGCAGGAGAAGGAGGAGUAGUAGGAGGAAGAGGAGUGUGAGGAAGAGUAGAGGAGGAGCAGAAACAGGUAGCACCAAAAGGUUCCACCCCUCCUUGUAUCUGCAGCCUCCCCCAGCCCCAGAAGUGUUGCCCCCCCUCACAUGCAUCAGGUGACCAGGGAUCCAUGAUUUUCACAACGCUGAAUCUUGGUGUUUCUGAGCUUUACUGGGCUAAAUGUUGGUGCUUUGGUUCUUUGCAGGGGUUGAAUCUUUCUCUUUUGGAGGGCGUUUUGGCUCAAUCUUAAUGCUUGGGGAGUUUUUGAUCUGUGUCUCAAUGUUUGGAUGAUUUUUGGGCUGACUCUUGGUGUUUUGGAGGUCCUUACAGACACAAGAUGCCCAAUGACUUUCUGAGACGAACUUGGGUGAAGAGGAACCCCCAGCCCAAAGCACUCUCCUCAUGUUUAUUUCCUCCAACCACGAUUUCUCAUUCCCAAGCCUUGGCCAGAUGGAGGAGGAGGAAAAGCCUUGGAGAUCCCAAAUGAGGAGGGGCUGCAAACCCAGCCCAGGGAGCUGCAUGAUAGAACAACCCGCCCUGUGCCAGGAAGGCAGCAGGAAGUCCAGCAGGAGCUCAGAGCUGGUGGAGAAGCCUCAUGGUAAGGAGAAACGCUACAAGUGCUUGGAAUGUGGAAAGGCUUUCAGCCACAGCUCCAGCCUGAUCCGGCACCAGGUGAUCCACACUGGGGAAAAGCCCUACGGGUGUGGGCAGUGUGGGAGGAGCUUCAGUGACAGCUCCAACCUGGUCCGGCACCAGCGGGUCCACACUGGGGAAAAGCCCUAUGAGUGUGUGGAAUGUGGGAAGAGCUUCAGCAGUAGCUCUAACCUGAUACAACAUCAGGGGAUCCACACCGGGGAGCGGCCCUAUGACUGUGGGGAAUGUGGCAAGAGCUUCAGAAGCAUCUUUAUCUUGAUGCAACAUCAGAGGAUCCACACUGGUGAAAAGCCCUAUGAGUGUGGGGAAUGUGGGAAAAGCUUCAGCCAGAGUUCCAGCCUGAUCAGUCAUCAGGUGAUCCAUACAGGGGAACGGCCCUACACUUGCUUGGAAUGUGGGAAGAGCUUUGGGUGGAGCUCUGAACUAAGAAAACAUCAGCUCAUCCACACUGGGGAGAGGCCCUAUGAGUGUCCCAAGUGUGGGAAGAGGUUUCAGACCAGCUCCAAUCUCGUCCUACAUGAGCGGAUUCACACAGACGAGAGGCCCUUCCGCUGCCCCGACUGCGGGAAGGGCUUCAAGCACAACUCCAACCUCACUGUCCACCGGCGCAUCCACACCGGGGAGAGGCCCUACGAGUGUCCCCAGUGUGGGAAGAGUUUCUCAGACAGCUCUCAUUUGACCCGACACCAACGGAGGCACCACUAAGAGAAGCCCUGCGAGUGCCCCGAGUGCGGGAAGAGCUUCUUGCGCUGCUCCAGCUCCAUCCCCCAUGGGAGGAUCGGCGUUGGAUGAUCCCCACUGACCCCCGUUGGGCAGAGCCCUGGUGAUCCGUGGUCCUGGUGAUCCGUGUUGGGAAGACACCUGGCUGGGAGGCUCCACAUCUUCCUGGCUCCCUGUGAGCACCUGGAUGAACACAGGGGCAGGAACAUCCAUUGGGACGCAGACCAACAAUGGAAUUCCUUGGGAUUUGUUGACUUUCAAUCCAAGAAAACCUUUUGUGUUCAAUCCUAUCUUCUCGUGCCAUCAAGUAAUACUGGAUAGUUUUGGAGGUCUUUUCCAACCUCUGUGAUUCGAUGAUUUUGAUUUCCUAUGGCCCAAGGGUGCCUUCCUCAGCCAAAUGCUAAUGAACUGGGUCAAAGAUCAAGAUUUUGGAGACAGUGGGGUGGAAACCUCCCCAGACACCUUCUUCCCUCCCAACCAAGCACGUGGAUCCUAUUUGGACACAGACAUGGGAAUCCUUUUGUUUUGGCCUUGAUUUGCUUUUCAUUUCUCUUUGUCCCUUUAAAAUAUCCAACAUUUGGGUAAAAAUAAAGACAAUGAACUAAAACCUGGAUGGGGA